AUGCCAGAAAAAAUCAAGCCUCUCAUCUACCACUUCGUCAUGAACGGGGCCGAUCUAUUUUAUAACCUCAAGCCAAUCUCGCACAAGCAGCCAGAAAAAUUCAAGAAAAAGAUGCUGGUUACGCGCUGGAAACGACAUCACGCAAACUCAGAAACCCUCAAGAAGCUCGGAGGCAACCACAAAACUUGGAAAAACGGCCGCCUGCGCAUCACAAAAUUCGUUCCAAAGCCCUACGAGAAAAUCGGGAAAAGAUUCAAGAGUCUUACCGUAGCGAGCCAAGAAGCGGUCCUGUCUAGAAACGAAGAAAUCAUCGACCAAAUCCUCACCUGGUGCAAGAUGGGCUCAAUCUCAAGGCUUCCAGAAGCAUCGAAAAACUGCUGGCUGCAAUCAGGCUUCAUUCUAGUGGACAAGCCCGGAAAGGAAACAAGAGUCUGCCUCAACGGAGGAAUCCUCAAACCACUUCAAUUGUUUACCUUCCCCUGCAAAUUAGAUGCACUGCCGAUCUCAGAAGAAAGCCGCAAAAUGGCCUGCUUCGAAUGGGGAGGCCAAAGAUUCAUGAAUAACAUCUUGGCGUUCGGAAUACCAGCCGCUCCAGGCAUCUACCAGCUCAUGAACCUCUGUGGCGUCAAUUUUCUGAGAAAAAAUGGGGUAAAAAUCACGCUCUACCUCGAUGAUCGCCUCUUGAUUGUGUCACCAGCAUCAGACGAGGAAAGAAGACAGCUUCUAGACGGUACAAAAAUCUGCAAAGAAGUCUGGGCGACAGCAGCUACUCUGAUCUCCCUUGGCGGCUAUGUGAACAUCGAGAAAAGCACAUUCAAACCGACGCAAAGAAUCGAAUUCCUAGGCUUCAUUCUGGAUACAGUCAAAGAAACGGUAGAAAUACCUCCUCAACGCUGGAACGCCCUGAUAAACCUCAUGCAAGAAGCCCUAGAAAAGCAGCAAGUGGAAACCAAGCUGCUAGAAAGAAUCAGAGGCACCAUGGCAAGCAUGGCAGAAGUCUUCUCCAACAUGAGGCUUCUAAUCCGCCAAACGACGCUCCUAAUAACCCAGGCCAUGCACAAAGAUCAAGAAUUCACGAAGCUUACAGAUCAGGUCAGAAGCGAGUGGGCCAAGUGGAGGAAACUUGAAGAGAAUGGACUUUCGAGAAUCUGGACGCAGCAUAACCGUCAAGAAUCAGGCAUUAUUAUCUAUACAGAUGCAUCUAUGCACGCGGGAGCAAUCGUUAUAGAACAAUGGAAUUUGGAAGAAAAAUUUGCAUGGGACGAAGAAAUAGCAGACAGCCACAUCUGCAUAAAAGAGGCCAUGGCUAUCCUUUAUGUCGUAGAAUGGUACGGACCGAAGCUAGAAAACAAGCGAAUCCUCUGCCUCUGCGACAACGACUCGGUCGUACAAGGCAUCAUGGUGGGAAGCAAAGACCUCGAAAUGAACAGCAUCUUAGUCAGAAUCUGGGAAGUCGCCCAGAGAUUCAAUAUUGAUAUGAAGGUCGACUGGGUUUCCACAAAAAAGCAGCUGGCAGACGCGCCUUCCAGAAUCAUCGAUUCGAGAGAACAGCGGCUGACGAACAACGGCUUCGCAUAUCUGCAAUCUCAUCUCUCAAAGACGCUGGAUGUCGACGUGGCAGCAACGCCCCAAUUUUAUAACCCAGCUGACUCGAACCCUUUCUUCAGAUUGCCGCAUCAACCUGCCAAUAUGGGCGACCAUCAUAAUGUGUUGUCAAUGUUGAAGGAGCACUUUACGUCCACGCAGCAUGAUUCAAGAACACGAGCUACGCGGAUAGCCAUCACGCAGGCCGACUACGAAGCCGACCAAGAAUCCCCCGAAGCUUCGGAAGAGAUAAAGCGGCUAAGACUCGAAAUCGACGACAUACGCAACGACCUCGUCUUCCACGAUUCUAUGACGGACGAACUCAUCGCCGAAAUGAAGACUCUCGCCGAAAAUCGCCAAAAAAGCAUCGAAAUCAAGGAAGCAGAGCCAAAUGCAAGAAAGCGAUCUGCCGAGGACAACAAGUUCUACGAUGCCAACAACCCUAAAGAAAUAGCGGAGGCACUCGAAAAACUAAGCGUCAAGAAAAUGGAGCGCUACGCAGCGAAGUCCACCAUGCUCAAGGCGAUCAAGAUUCGGGAAGCGGAAAUCUCCGACCUGACUCAUAAGAAAGGCGAGACAGCGGCAAUUCACUCGGAAACCUGCCCAACAACAGGCAUCACUUCCUACUACAGGACCCAGAUCGGAGCGGUUGACCUUAACCAAGGCGAAGGUGAAAACCUGGACGAAAUGGGCCGACGAUUCCGCCACUUCAUUACAGACGCGAAGAAGCAGCGAAUGUUCAAGGGGCACGAGCUGAUGGAGCUUCUAAGACGCUACAAAGCGGCUAUGGGGCCUGAGAAGCGAGCAAAGCCAGUGGUAACGGCCAUCAUGGAUUUCCUGAUCAAAACCCCGGACAUGCCUCGGAGAACAGCCCUCCUUCGAUGCUCAGCCCUUAUGACCGCCAACACCCAAAUGGACUUCGAGCACUCCCUAAACAUGAACAUGACCACACCGCAUCACAAAAAAUGGCUACAAGCGGCGAUGGACGGCUCAGAAGACUGGAGACUCACAGGAAAAGACUCCGGCAGCAAAAGGGGUCGCCGAGGCGGUUUCUCAGAUGCAGGCUCAGCCAAAAAGCCGCGUGGAGACCACAACAACGGCCAAAAAACUGAUAAUACGGAUGACCAGAAAAACAAAGGCUUCCGAGGCAGAGGCAGAGGCCGAGGACGAGGCAGAGGACGAGGUCGCGGAGGAGGAAACAGCAGCAACAAUGACGCUCCCAAGAAAUUUCAAGAUCAAGGAGGCGUCGAGUAA